AGAAGUCUUAAACUGUGUCCCCCCAUUUGAAGCGGUUUGCGUGUCGUUGUGCAAUGCUCCCUUUCCCGCGAAAACCACUCUCUCUCUCUAAACCCUCAAUCCUCUCUCCAAAUUUCCAUCUCUCUCCUUCAGAUUUUCUACAUCACACUUCAAAUUUUCUUUCUCUAUCUCUCUUCCUUUAUAUAUAUGUAUAUAUCUAAACUUACUUUUUUUUUUUUCCUUCUCUCUAAAAUUCCCUAUUUUCUCUCUCUUCUUAAACUUCCAAUCAUCUUCGAAUGAUUUGUUUCUUUUACUGCAAUUACUCUUUCUCGCGAUGCGAUGAGGAAGAAGCAGAUCUCCAUAUGUUUACCUAUCAUCAAUGUCGACUCCUUCUUCAGAGGAAAACCCUAUGAAUCCGCCAUUACCGGCGCUCACGUCUGACCAGAAAGAUUCACCCAAGACACCGUCGUCCAAGGCCAAGCUCAGAAAGAUACCUCCUAUCCCGAUUCGCCGAAGCCAGAGCAGAGUCGAAACUGGAGAAGAAGAUGAAGAAAUUUCAGAUGAAGACCGCAAUAAUGGUAAUGGUGAAUCGACACAUCGUGAGGAGGAGGAGGAACGACCACCACCGCCUAUUGUUCUUGCUUCGUCUCUCGGCCUCAAUCACAUUCGGACCCGCUCGGCUCCUUUGCCUUCGCCCCUUAGGUUCUCGUCUUCGGCGGGAACGUGUUCCAAUCUUGGAAUAAAAGAGGCAAACAAUUCCAAUACUAUCAGACUAAAUGAUACAAACAAUUCCAAUAAUUUUGGAAUAAACGAUGAAAACAUUUCAACUAAUCUCGGAAAUGAGGCAAACAGGGGAAAAGAUGGAGUAAAUUCUCGGCCCAGGUUGCGCAGUCCGCUUCAGCACGCAGCAUCCAUGGAAGAAGGCAAAAAGGUGCACUGGACUCAAUCUAAAUCCUUAAGAGUCCCAUCGCCACGCUGUUUGGAGGGUCAUCAUGCAGCUUUUGCCAAGGAACUUCAAUCUCCACGAUUCCAGGCUAUACUGCGUGUUACAAGCGGACGUAGAAAGAGAGCCCCAGAUAUCAAGAGCUUCUCUCAUGAACUCAAUUCCAAAGGAGUACGGCCUUUCCCAUUCUGGAAGUCCCGUGCAUUUGGACACAUGGAGGAGAUCAUGGUAAUGAUCAGGGCAAGGUUUGGCAAAUUAAAAGAAGAAGUUAAUGCUGAUUUAGGUAUAUUUGCGGGAGAUUUGGUGGGUAUACUUGAGAAAACUUCAGAGACCAAUCCUGAAUGGAAAGAGGGUUUGGAGGACUUGUUAGUCAUAGCCAGGCAGUGCGCAAAAAUGUCACCUAAUGAAUUUUGGUUGAAGUGUGAAGGCAUUGUUCAGAAUCUGGAUGACAAACGCCAAGAGAUACCAAUGGGUACACUAAAACAAGCCUAUACGCGCCUUUUGUUUAUCCUCACUCGAUGCACUCGGCUUGUGCAGUUCCAGAAAGAGAGUGGCUAUGAUGAUGAACACAUUUUGGGUCUUCACCAACUUAGUGACCUUGGGGUCUAUCCAGAAAAACUCUUCGGGCGUGCAAACCAGGACUUCAAUAGCUCAUUUGAGGGGAAGGAAGCAAGUGAGAGACGGACCAUGAAGGCCCACGAGCAGGACCCAAGCAAUCAGGCUACUGAACAAGAUCAGAUAAAUCUGCACUUAGGUAGUGUGGGUGACACUUUGGAGGUGAGCACUGCUAAAAGUGUUGCUUCAUCUACAGGCAGUUAUAGGAUGUCAUCUUGGAAGAAGCUUCCAUCUGCAGCUGAGAAAAACCGAAAAGGCGCUGAUGCUGUUGACAUUCAGCCUAAGGAUAAAUCUGAUAGCUUGCAUCUUAAAGGUGAAACAGCUGGCAUUGACACUAAUGUUGAAAAUCCAGAUACUCCCUUAUACCUUCCCGAACAUUCAGAGACAUCCUUGAAAGCACGUAAAGGUACCUGGGGAUGGGGUGAUCAACAAAACCUAACAUUUGAGGACUCGUUGAUUUGUCGAAUAUGCGAAGUUGAAAUACCAAUUGUGUAUGUAGAGCAGCACUCUAGAAUCUGUACAGUUGCUGAUGGAUGUGAUUUAAAUGGAAAAUCAGUGAAUGAACGACUUCAUAGAGUUGUGAAAUCUCUUGAACAAAUACUGGAAUCGUGGACACCAAAAAGCUCAGAUACUGCAGUGGGAAGUCCUGAGGCCACAAGAAUGUCUACAUCAAGUAUGCCUGAAGAGUUCGAUGAUUUGUCACCUAAGCAAGCCAGCUUGCCUCUUCGAUGCUCAGAAGACAUGCUCGAUUGUGUUUUUGAAUCUCAUAAUACAUUUGUAAUGGGUGAUCUGAACAUAUUGCCGGACACUUCAGGUGAAACACAGGCCCUUUGGACAACUGAUCUAGGUAAUAAAGCCUCCUCAGCAGGAAGCUUGACACCACGAUCACCAUUAUCAACUCCAAGAAUGGGCGAGAUUGAAUUGCUGUUGAGUGAACGGAGAACAAUAUCAGAGCAUGAAAAUUUUCAGCAGAUACACAAGCUAUUGGAUAUCGCUCGAUCAAUAGCAAAUGUAAACGCUAAUGAUUACAGUUCCUUGGAGUAUAUGCUCGACCGCCUAGAAGACCUGAAAUAUGCCAUCCAGGACAGGAAGGUGGAUGCCCUAGUUGUUGAGACCUUUGGGAGACGUAUAGAGAAACUAUUGCAGGAGAAAUACGUUCAUCUUUGUGGGCAGAUAGAAGAUGAAAAAGUAGAAUCAUCAAUUACCAUGGCUGACGAAGAGAGUUCCGUGGAAGAAGAUGCAGUUCGUAGUUUGCGUGCAAGCCCUAUAAAUCCGUCUUCUAAGGACAGAACAUCUAUAGAAGACUUUGAAAUAGUAAAACCAAUCAGCAGAGGUGCGUUUGGACGAGUUUUCCUCGCCAGAAAAAGGGCAACUGGUGACUUAUUUGCUAUAAAGGUUUUAAAAAAGGCUGAUAUGAUCCGUAAAAAUUCAGUCGAAAGUAUUUUGGCUGAGCGUGAUAUCUUAAUAUCAGUUCGGAAUCCUUUUGUGGUCCGGUUUUUCUACUCCUUCACAUGUAGGGAAAAUCUUUAUUUAGUCAUGGAGUACUUAAAUGGAGGAGACCUUUACUCUUUGCUGAGAAAUCUAGGCUGCUUAGAGGAAGACAUGGCACGUGUAUAUAUUGCAGAACUUGUCCUUGCAUUGGAAUAUUUGCAUUCCCUAAGUAUCAUUCAUAGAGAUUUGAAGCCCGACAACUUGUUGUUAGGCCCAGAUGGUCACAUCAAGUUGACAGAUUUUGGGCUUUCCAAGGUUGGUCUGAUCAACAGCACAGAUGAUUUAUCAGGUCCAGCAUUCAGCAGUUCUGCUUCUUUUGGGGAUGAACGAAAAACUGCAGCUCAAUCAUCACUGAAAAGAGAACAGCGCCAGAAGCAUUCAGUUGUUGGCACUCCUGACUAUUUGGCUCCUGAGAUACUUCUUGGCAUGGGUCAUGGUGCAACAGCAGAUUGGUGGUCUACGGGUGUUAUACUAUAUGAGCUCCUUGUGGGUAUUCCACCUUUUAAUGCAGAACAUCCACAGCAAAUUUUUGAUAAUAUUAUGAACAGAGACAUUCCCUGGCCUAAGGUACCAGAGGAAAUGAGCUAUGAAGCACAUGAUUUAAUCAACAAGUUGCUAAUUGAAAAUCCAGUUCAAAGAUUAGGUGCAACAGGGGCUAGAGAGGUAAAGCAACAUCCUUUUUUCAAGGAUAUGAACUGGAACACACUUGCAAGGCAAAAGGCUCUGUUCAUACCUUCAGCUGAAGCACUCGACACUAGUUAUUUUAUGAGCCGUUAUAUUUGGAAUCCAGAAGAUGAACAUGUAGCCGGAGGUAGUGACUUUGAAGACAUGACCGAAACAGGCAGUGGCUCUUGCAGCAGUGGUUCAUGUAGCAAUAUACUGGAUGAAGAUGGGGAUGAAUGCGGUAAUUUGGCGGAGUUCAGUGGCCCAGUCCUUGACGUGAAGUGCUUUAGUAAUUUCUCAUUUAAGAACUUGCCUCAACUGGCUUCUAUCAACUAUGAUUUGGUUGUAAGGAGUGCAAAGGAGUUACCAGAUGCCUCCAAACCAUCUGUUCCAUAAGUUGUGUGGUUGCUCCUGCAAAUUUAUCCACUCACUCGUGCUCCUGAUGCGAGCAUUGCACUUCUUUCUGCUCUCGGAUUAGCUUCUACAUUUCUGUCGGUUUCCUAUCUGGUUAUUGAAGAGUAAUACUACAAUUGACAUGAAAACUAAGGAAAGAUGUUCGGUGGCUGUUGUUAGCUUUUAUUUCUAGAUUAGCAAUUACGGCUAAUGGAAAGAUGUGUUCAUCGAAGGUCAUUUCAUCAGCAGUACAUUUUGACUUCAACCAUAUUUUCAUUUUUUUUUCUGUAUAUACAUACAUGCUCUUUCUGUAGUAGAAAUUUUGUUUUCCUCUC